UCAACCACAAUAUCCAUCUGGCUUCCCCUGUAUAUAUACAAGUCAAGAACACCAGCCAUUCUUCACAAUCCCAAAAACAAAAUCUACAAAAACCCAUUGUUUUGAUUGAUCGAUCUAGCUUCUAAUUCAGAUAAUCUGAUAUGGGUAUUCGAUUUCCAUCAAUGGUUACUCAAGCUAAGCAAAUGUUGAAGCAGCAACAACAAUCUUCUCUGACAAAGAAGAUGAUGUUGUCAGAUGUUCCAAAAGGGUAUUUAGCUGUUUAUGUUGGAUCAGAAGCUGAUCAAAUGAAGAGAUUCAUAGUUCCAAUUUCGUACUUGAAUCAUCCUGCAUUUCAAGAUUUGUUAGUUCGAUCUGAGGAGGAAUUUGGUUUCAAUCAUCCUAUGGGUGGAUUAACUAUUCCUUGUAGAGAAGAAGCUUUUUUAGAGAUCACUUCUCGACUUAGUCAUUCAUGGUAGAGAUUAGAGAAGAUGGUGGAGAUAAAAAAUGUCUCUUUUCUUCUUCUUUUUUUUUCUAAAAUUUUCUGAUUUCUAUUAUAUUUGUAGAUUAA